GACUUUGUUUGGAGCAGGAAGCGAGCGGAGGGCUGCGUCUGGACGUACCACAUCUGCUGCUGGGGCACUUUCACAACCAUUCACUCAUGUGUGUCCGCUUUUACUAUGUCUGCCGAGGCUGUGGGAACCGGCGCUUCUCCACGGGAAAGUAAAUCUGCAAAUCAACAUGCGUAGAGGUGGAUUAAACCGAGGCGACACGCAUCCAGCUGCUGCCUCUGCUAGCACGCUCGGAGUUAGCCGCUUUGGGAUCCGAGCUAACCGCUGCUAGCCCGCUGUCUGUCUACCUCCUCCAGCUAACCCAGCCGUAUCUGUAGCGGGUUACGUUCAUCUGUUUAUCGUAAAUGGACAAAAUGGAGCUGUUUCAAGCCAAGGACCAGUACAUUCUCCAGAGCGGGGAUCGUGCUCUCUGGUGCAGCCGAAAAGAUGGGACCAUGGCGCUCAGACCUGCCACAGACCUGCUUUUGGCCUGGAACCCUGUGUGCCUGGGGAUAGUCGAGGGCAUUAUAGGAAAAAUACAGCUUCAUACAGAUCUUCCUUUGGGUCUGGUUUUAAUCCGACAGAAAGCUUUGGUUGGACAUCUCCCACCUGACAACCACAAAGUGUACAAAAUCACUAAAAUCGCCGUCAUUCCACUGUCCGAUGAAGAACCCCAGGAACUCGAAUUAGAGCUCUGUAAAAAGCAUCACUUUGGCAUCGACAAACCAGAGAAACUCGCCCAGUCUCCUGAUGAGUCCAAGUUUCUCAUGAAAACAUUGAGUCAAAUCAAAUCUAAUGUCGGCGGCCCCAUCAAGAAAAAGUAUUCCCCUGCGUUUCAGGUGAAAGAGAACAAAGAGAAGGAGCGGUUGGAGCGGCGGCUGCUUGAUGAACUCUACAAGAUAUUUAUGGACUCCGACUCGUUCUACUUCAGUUUGACCUAUGACCUCACCAACAGCGUGCAGAGACAGGGGGAGGCGGAGAGUACCGGGCUGCCCCUAUGGAAGAGGGUGGACGAUCGUUUUUUCUGGAACAAACACAUGAUUCAAGACCUCAUUGAUCUUCAGGUUCCAGAUGUGGAUUUCUGGGUGAUCCCUGUCAUUCAGGGGUUUGUCCAGGUGGAGGAGCUAGUGGUAAAUUAUAACGAGACGUCAGACGAAGAACGCAGCAGUCCGGACACGCCCCCACAGGAAGUAACGUGUGUUGACGACAUACAUCCACGAUUCACCGUGGCCCUGAUCUCACGGCGCAGCCGACACAGAGCAGGGAUGCGUUACAAGCGUCGGGGCGUGGACACAGAAGGGCAUGUGGCGAACUAUGUGGAGACGGAGCAGUUGAUCCACGUGCACAGCCACACUCUGUCCUUCGUCCAGACCAGAGGCUCAGUCCCUGUGUUCUGGAGCCAGGCUGGAUACCGUUACAACCCCAGACCACGCCUGGAGAAAGGAGAAAAGGAGACCAUGCCUUAUUUUGCAUCGCAUUUUGAAGAACAGCUGAAACUCUACAAGAAACAAGUCAUCAUUAACUUGGUGGAUCAAGGGGGGCGUGAGAAAAUCAUUGGUGACGCAUACCUGAAACAAGUGCUACUGUUCAACAACCCAAACCUCACCUAUGUCUCAUUCGACUUUCACGAACACUGCCGCGGCAUGAGGUUUGAAAAUGUGCAGAUUUUGACAGAUGCAAUUUCUGAUAUCAUCACCGACAUGAAGUGGGCCUGGGUGGACCAGGCAGGAGUGAUCUGUAAACAGGAGGGCAUCUUCAGGGUUAACUGUAUGGACUGUUUAGACAGGACUAAUGUGGUACAAGCCGCUUUUGCACGAGUCGUGAUGGAGCACCAGUUGAAGAAGUUAGGAGUGAUGCCUCCAGAGCAGCCACUGCCGCUCAAGUGUUACAAGAUUUAUCAGGUCAUGUGGGCGAACAAUGGAGACACCAUCAGCCGACAGUACGCAGGCACAGCAGCACUCAAGGGUGACUUCACCAGGACUGGAGAGAGGAAACUGGCUGGAGUCAUGAAGGAUGGUGUGAACUCUGCAAAUCGUUACUAUCUCAAUCGCUUCAGGGAUGCGUACAGACAAGCAGUCAUUGAUCUUAUGAUGGGUUUGCCGGUGACGGAGGACCUGUACUCGAUCUUCAGUAAAGAGAAAGAGCACGAGGAGAAGGAGAAGGAGAGCCAGAGAGGAGCCCAGGAGCAGGUCAGUCUCCUGCUGCAGACCUACAUGCAGCUGCUGCUCCCCGACGACGAGAGGUUCCACGGAGGAUGGGCCCUCAUCAACUGUGACAUGAGUCUCAUCGAUGCAAACAACAAAGAUGUGGAUGUGCUGCUGCUCCUGUCUGACAAGGCUUAUUACAUAGCUUAUUAUGAUGAGGAAGCCGACAAAGUGAACCAGUACCAGCGCUUGAAGUUGGAGGGUUUGGAGAAAAUAGAAAUUGGGCCAGAGCCAACUUUGUUUGGUAGACCUAAGUACUGCUGCAUGCGCCUUCACUACAGAAAUGAGGAUGUGAGCGGGUACUUUCACACUCUACGAGCUGCAACCAGGAACCCAGAGGACGAUGGCAAAGAUACACUGCAAUGCAUAGCUGAGAUGCUCCGGAUAACAAAACAAGCCAUAGGAAUGGACCUGUACGUGGUGGAAAAGAAAUUGGAGAGGCGGCAGAGUAGGCCUCACGAGGACAUCAUGGGGAUCCAAAACAAAGGCACAGACCAGUCCCAGGGCAGCUCUGGUCUAGCUCAAGGGAAAAGCUUCCUCCUCAACAAGUUUUCAUCUUUAAAUCAGAAAGUGAAACAAACCAAAACUAACAUUGGACCAUUUAAACCUUUGGGAAAACUCAGCAACUUGACCAAACCUGACGUCACAGUGAAUUUCCUGAAGCCAAAUAUGCACGUGACCCUUUGGAAGUCCGAUAGCAGCUUGGAAACUUCAGACAGUAAUCCAGGAACGACUCGCAAAGAUUUGGUUGGCAAUCAUUCGGAGAUCUCCUCAGAUUCAGACUCCUAUAACUCUGAUCCUGAACAUUGCACCGAAACUUUAGAAAACGUGGACUAUGUGUUGCCUAGCUGCGGCAUUGUAGCUUCUAAUCCGCGUUUAGGUAGCAGGUCCCAAUCUAUCGGAAGCGUAGAGCUCAAUAUACCAUCUGCGAUCCGAGUGACUGGUUGUGACGGAAAACAAGAAGACAAUUUGAAUAUUCCCGAGGAUAAAUCGCCAGGUUCUGCCUCUGUUGCUGAAGAAGCAUUGCUCAUUGAUUUUGGGACACCUAUUGAAGCCUACUGCCACCAGUUUGUCCAGGACGCACAGACGAUACCAGUGGAGGUCUUUGGAGAGCGCCCUCUAGUGGUGAACCAGGUGCCUGCCCCAAAUUCGGACUCGGACAAACUCAAAUCAGAAGCACCUCCCCAGGAACCCCAGCCUCCCCGUCCCUCUCAGCUCGACGUGCAGUCCUCUACCUCCUCUGGCGCAGGGCUCUCAGUGCAGAAGCCUUCCUCUGCGGUUUCGGGGGGGUCCCAGCGUAGCUUGUCCUCUCUGAUGGAGGGCAGCUUAGGACCCUCCCCCGCAGAUAGUAACGGGAGCAGAGUGGUCUCGCCCUUUGCCAAAAUCAAGAGCUCUAUGGUGCAGGUGGCCAGUCUGACGCAGGCUGGACUCACGCAAGGGAUCAACUAUGCGGUGGCGAAGGUCCAGAAAAGUCCAGAUCCAGAUUCAGUCAAUGAAACCCAAGAGAACAAGCUGCAGGCCAUGUUCACACAGUGCCAGACCAGGAUUAUACAGAUCUGAACUAGGUCUGAACUAGGUCUGAACUAGGUCUGAACUAGGUCUGAACCAGGUCUGAACCAGGUCUGAACUAGGUCUGAACUAGGUCUGAACUAGGUCUGAACCAGGUCUGAACCAGGUCUGAACUAGGUCUGAACUAGGUCUGAACUAGGUCUGAACUAGGUCUGAACUAGGUCUGAACGAGGUCUGAACGAGGUCUGAACGAGGUCUGAACGAGGUCUGAACGAGGUCUGAACGAGGUCUGAACCAGGUCUGAGCCAGAUCUGAGCCAGGUCUGAACCAGGUCUGAACCAGGUCUGAACCAGGUCUACAACAGGAUCGUGGCCGGCUUUCUGUAGCACGGUGUGUCCUAUCAGUUAGUCUGAUAGCAGUAGCAGCAGGUUGCGUAGAGUCACCACGGUGACGAUUAAAGCCCUUUAGUGAAACCUGCCCUCUACUAUUCAGAAACACAUUUGUGCUUUAUAUAUUAGCCCAGAGCCAGAUCGUGUUUACAUGCACAAAAGACGUAGGGGUAUUAGUAAAUCAGAGUCCAGAAAUAUGAAAAAAAAACAAUAUUUGCCAUCACAGUAAUCCAUCCUGAAUUCUCGUUUGUACAGUGAGUCAACAUUAUCUGUUGAGUUGGCUUAACUUGAAACUUUAAAGUGGAUUGAGUGGAGUGAAUCAUCUGCAUACACUUACAAAGAGAAAGCCAUUAUUCUACGCAGGUAAAGAUGGCUUCAGGUUUCAGAAAAACAAAAAUAUAUUUGUCAGGUUUACUGGCAUCUAAGAGCCAUUGACAAACUUUUCUAUACUGUGGAUAAAUGAACACAGCACAAUUUUAGCCAAAGAUAUUUAGAAACUUCCAAGGCAGCAUAAAGGCAAUCAAUUUAAGCAUUUAUUUACUAGGGAUGUAACAGUAACCGAAAUAACGUGAUAACAUAUCAAAAGUUUCACAAAAAUAUUGUGGCCUGUCGCAAUAUAUUAAACUACAAGCUCCUUUCCUUAAAAGUAUUUUUUGUUGCUCUGUUUCAUUGUAGACAACAUGAAGAAACAAGCUUACUUCUUUGGAAUAUGACCAUAAUGAUUUUCACCAGAAUCUUGUCAAAGAGGAUUUUUAAAAGCAAAAAGUAGCUCAUCUACAAUUCUGUUAGACUCUUUAAAAUGUCUCAGUAAAUAUCAUACCAUGAAAUUAAUAUCGUGAUAAUAUCGUACAGAGAUUUGGAUAUCGUUACAUCCCUGCUAUUUACCAAGAGAAAGUGGUAUUUCUUAGCUCACUUUCACCUGUUUUUAAUCCUUGUAUUUUAGUACUGCUCUGUCCCUUUACUUAAUCUCUUUUAAAGAAACAAUAGGACAUUUUUGCACCUAUAUUACUAGUGGUAUUUUUGUGCAUGUAAACACGUUUCCAUGGCGAUCCUGCAGUUUUGAACAACCGGUGAAUAUUAGCUGCAUGUUGACAGACCAAUACUAAAGUUGUACUCCGUUUGUUCAGGCCUUAAACUGGCAUUUGUGAUAUAGUUUGUACCUGGUGUUGUAGAAAAAAAACUACCAAAUAUCCCCAAAGGAAACUGUAGACUGUAAACUAAUUAAGAGACGAACUGUAGUCAAUUGAUACUUUGCAGUAACAUCACGCUGGGGGUGUUCUACUUGUAUGUCGAUGUAAACUGUACACAUUAGCAAACACAGUCAAAACAAAUAAAACAAAAAUACAAAACUGAUUUUAACAACAUAUUUUCUGGAGUAUGUGAUCAAUAUGAGCAUUCAUGGACCUGUUAUGGUGUUUGAUGAAA